AAGAGAAAAAAGUUUGUUUAAAAAUUUGUUAAUAUAACUUUAGUUUUAGUUUAGCAUUUAAGUGCAUAAAAAUGGCAGGCGAAGUUGUGGUGGAUGCUCUACCGUACAUUGAUCAAGGUUACGAUGAUCCUGGAGUCAGAGAAGCGGCCCUAGCAAUGGUGGAAGAGGAGUGCAGGCGUUACAGACCGACUAAAAACUAUUUAGAAAAUGCUGGUCCCGAACCGAGCACAGCAUUUGAAACCACGGCUAUACAGAGAGAAAUGGAACGAGUUCAGCAGCGAUUACCCAUGGAACCACUGUCUAUGAAAAGGUACGAGUUACCACCACCACCGGCUGGUCGGCUUGGCGAACCAGCUGCGUGGGCAGAAGCAGUCGAUAACUCUCAUGCCCAGCUCUCACAUCAGGCUACCCGAGUGUUGAACUUGGAACUACAGCUGCAAUAUGGGUCUGAAGCUUGGAGAUCAUACCUUAACAUGCUACAGGCGUUGGUCACUCGAUCACAGAAUGUGCAUGCACAGCUCAGGAAGCAGAUAGCAGCAGUGAACUGGGAGCGCAAGAGGUCACAGACGGCAAGUGGCGCGCGGCUGCGCGCGCUGCGCCGCCGCUGGGCACAGCUCGUUUCGGACAACUACCGACUGGAGCGCGCCAUCAUGCAGUUAGAGAUACAGUUGGAGAAGGCUAAAGGGCAAGCUGCGUCUGACGCGGCAGAUCUGGAUGCCAUUAAACAAUUGCCUGACAAACUCAACUCGGAGACGGAGAAGGAAGUGCAGAAGAAAAUUGAAGACAUGUUUGCUGAUUAAACUCCUCGCAAAGACUUACUUAUUAUUUAUAAG